CUCAGACAGUCGUUGUCACUGAGAGGUGAAAUGGCGCAGGGAGGAAUUCAACUGGACCAGGAAACUUUCUCUUGUUCCAUCUGUCUGGAUCUACUGAAGGAUCCGGUGACUAUUCCCUGUGGACACAGCUACUGCAUGAGCUGUAUUAAGAGACACUGGGAUGAAGAGGAUGGAAGGAAAAUCCACAGCUGUCCUCAGUGUAGGAAGGACUUCAUACCGAGACCUGACCUGGAGAAAAACACCAUGUUAGCAGUUUUAGUGAAGGAGCUGAAGAAGACUGGACUCCAAGCUGCUCCUGCUGAUCACUGCUAUGCUGGACCUGAAGAUGUGGCCUGUGAUUUGUGCACUGGGAGGAAACUGAAAGCUGUCAGAUCCUGUUUGGUGUGUCUGGUCUCUUACUGUGAGAAACACCUCCAGCCUCACUAUGAUGUACCUCAGUUAAAGAAACACAAGCUGGUGGAGCCCUCUGAGAAGCUCCAGGAGAACAUCUGCUCUCGUCAUGAUGAGGUGAUGAAGAUGUUCUGCCGCACUGAUCAGCAGUGUAUCUGUUAUCUCUGCUCUGUGGAUGAACAUAGAGACCACGACACAGUCUCAGCUGCAGCAGAAAGGACUGAGAGGCAGAGAGAGCUGGAGCUGAGUCGACAACAAAUCCAGCAGAGAAUCCAGGACAGAGAGAAAGAUGUGGAGCUGCUUCAACAGGAGGUGGAGGCUAUCAAUGGCUCUGCUGAUAAAGCAGUGGAGGACAGUGAGAAGAUCUUCACUGAGCUGAUCCGUCUCAUGGAGGAAAGAAGCUCUGAUGUGAAGCAGCAGAUCAGAUCCCAGCAGGAAAGUGAAGUGAGUGGAGUCAAAGAGCUUCAGGAGAAGCUGGAGCAGGAGAUCAUUGAGCUGAAGAGGAAAGACGCUGAGCUGAACAAGCUCUCACACACACAGGAUCACACCCACUUUCUACACAACUACCCCUCACUGUCAGCACUCAGUCAAUCUACACACUCAUCCAGCAUCAAUAUCCAUCCUCUCAGGUACUUUGAGGAUGUGACAGCAGCUGUGUCAGAGCUCAGAGAUAAACUACAGGACAUUCUGACAGAGGAAUGGACAAACAUCUCACUAACAGUGACUGAAGUGGAUGUUUUACUGUCACAAUCAGAGCCCAAGACCAGAGCUGGAUUCUUACAAUAUUCACAGGAAAUCACACUGGAUCCAAACACAGCAAACACACAUCUGUUAUUAUCUGAGGGAAACAGAAAAGUAAGAUUAAUGAGAGAAGAACAUUUUUUUUCUUGUCACCCAGACAGAUUCACUGAAUGGUGUCAGGUCCUGAGCAGAGAGAGUCUGACUGGACGUUGUUACUGGGAGGUGGAGUGGAGAGGAAGAGAAGGAGUUUCUGUAGCAGUCGCAUACAAGAAUAUCAGCAGAGCAGGGAGAUCAAAUGAAUCUGUAUUUGGAUACAAUGACAAAUCUUGGGCAUUAUAUUGUUUCAAGAACAGUUUUUCAUUUUGGUUCAACAACAUCCAAACUCCAGUCUCAGGUCCUCUGUCCUCCAGAGUAGGAGUGUACCUGGAUCACAGUGCAGGUAUUCUGUCCUUCUACAGCGUCUCUGAAACCAUGACUCUCCUCCACAGAGUCCAGACCACAUUCACUCAGCCUCUCUAUGCUGGACUUCGGCUUUAUAGAUAUGAUGGAGUCACAGCUGAGUUGUGCAAAGUGAAAUAGAUAAAAGUCAUUGAAGGUGCAGUUUGUUAAAAUGUGUAUUUUAGUUGUUGAAGUGAUUUUGUCUCCAUGUUUGUUGCUGUUGUGUUUGUGCACUGCACAGAGAUCAGCUGUCAAUCAAACAAUGAUUGUCAGCUCUUUAUUAUCUUCUCAUUUCUUGUUGUGUUGAUGUUUGAGUUUCUUUAGGUGGAGCUGGAGCCAUGGAGGAGAUCACUGCUCAUGAUGAUCUGUGUUUACCUCAACUCACAUUUCUCCACAUGAACAUAGAAACUUCUCUGUUCUCUAAAUGUUUGUUGAACGUUUGUGUUGAUGUGUUUGUGUGUUGUUGUUUCUCUUCCACUGCAUGGAGCUCAGCAGACCUUCCUUUAUCACAGAGAUUUGGUUCUGACUUUGUAAAGAAAGAAAUCUAUAAUUAAAUUUACAUUUUUUCAUUUGAAAAAUCAAAUGUUCAAAAUUUCAUUUAACAGACUUUACUGAUCGUAUGUUUGAACAAACUGCGGCUUUACAUGAUGAAUACAUGUUUUUUUCCCCCUAUAGAAUAAAUCAUUUAUUUUCUUCUGUCUUUAUUCUAAGCUGUGUAGCUUCUGAGCUUUAUGCAGGGCAGCAGUGUAAUGGCAUAUUAGGUAUUGUAUAAAGUAUAAGUAUUAAUCUACUGCGUCUGUUGGCCAAACAGUGACGGGUUGGAACAAACUGAGAAUAUAGAUGAACAGAGAAAUGAACUAUAAUAAUGUCAUGAUUCCUCUCUUUGAUUCCUUGUUCCCUCCAGUCAUCUGUCAUAUUCCAUCUGCCCACCAGAUGUCCCCAGACCUCCUUCCUGUCUCCCUGUCCAUCUCCUCACCUGUUUUCCAUUCUCACCUGAGCUUCCCUGCCCACUUAUACACCCUUUCCCCAUUUCCCUCAUCUUAUCUCUUCUACUCAUACCAGUGCUUUGCCCCCAAUGUUCAAUUGUCUCAUUUGUGUCUCAGUGUUUUUCCCUGUGUGCCUGUUACUUGUUGUCUGUACCUGUUUAUCUGCCUGACCACCCCAUGCUUUUUUCAAAUGAUGAUGUGGCCACGAAGUGCAGCCAAGAAGCAUGGACAGAUCUUUAGACUAUAACUGUUCUCAUUGAUAUUUUUCUCCACAUUUUAGACUUUAGUGGUCUGCAUUGUUGUUUAGGGACAGCACAACAAAUUUAUUUCCGUAAAAUAUAAAAUUCUUUUUUUUUUUUUUUUUUGCA